CGCGCCGCCAGCGCCCUGUAGUGACCAUCAGCGGAAGAAAAACGUAAACAGACGUGGAAGCGAGCGGGCGGUCGUGCGGGCCCCAGCAAGCCGUGAUUUCCUCGGAAAGAAAUACGAGGGGUGGGCAGGAUCGUUACAACGCGCCGUUGACGUGUCCAGCCGAGGGAUCAGCGGACCCACAAGCGUGGCUCACGAGGAGACAAGCUCUAGGUGGUUGAAUAUGGGACCAGACUGACUGGAGCUAUGUCGACAAAGAUGAAGGACACGUCGCGGGGAAGCGGGGUGGUCUCCCUGGCCGAGCAGGCCACGGACAUCCAGAAGACGGGAUACCUGAGGAAGCUGAAGACGAUGAAGAAGAAGUUCUUCGUCAUGCGUAAGGAGUCUGAGGCGGGACCCGCCCGUCUCGAGUGCUACGACAGUGAGAAGAAGUGGAAGGCCGGAGUGCUACCCAAGCGCACAAUAGCGCUCCGGUCCUGCUUCAACAUCAACCGCCGGGCCGACGCUAAGCAGCGGCACGUUCUGGCACUGUACACCCGCGAUGACUCCUACGCGCUAGUGGCUGAAAACGAAACCGAGCUGGAUGCGUGGCUCACAGAGCUGCUCAGACUACAGCACGGUUCGAGCGACCUCGAUGGUGAUGCCAGGCCCAAGCCCAUCUUCGAGCAUGUCUGGCAAGUGAAUGUGAAGACGAAGGGCCUGGGUAGCAGUCGCAACAUCACUGGACCCCAUCGGCUUUGCUUGACGGCCAGUGCUCUCACAUUGGUCAAGAUGCACACGGACCAGGAGAACCCUGAAGCGCUUGAGUUUCCCUUGAUGAGCAUACGGCGGUGCGGCCACUCCGACUGUUUCUUCUUCAUGGAACUUGGCCGUUCCUCAGUCACCGGCUCUGGGGAGCUGUGGAUGCAGACGGAAGACACGGUCAUCGCUCAGAACAUGCACGAGACCAUUCUGGGAGCGAUGAAGACCUCUCGAAACAAAGAAGAACUCGGUCCCUUCACGCGUCCCCGGAGCUCAUCGACCAGCGAGAACAGCAAGCCCAUCACGCACAAGCGGCCCGCACACGCCGUGGCCACCACGACUACGCACGCUUCCACGAGUUGCCGGGACCGAUGCGACUCCAUGCCCACGUCUCGCAGUCGCAACAGCAGCGAGUCGCACGGCGAGAGCAGUGGGCUCUCUCGGACCCACACCGCUGAGUCGACGGCCAGGCCCCAUAGUUCUUACGGGAGAACCUAUUCAGUCUCCCCACCGUCUAACAACCCCAUCACAGUGGGCUCGUUCGACAGCACGAGCAGCGUGCUCUCUGCAGCAGAUGAAACGGACGGACAAGCUGAGUACUUCAACCGGUACAGCCACUCACUGCCAAUGGACAUCAUGGCUGGACCCAAGGAGCCGACCAUUAAGGAGGAGGCUGCUGUCGACGAAUACCUGAUGAUGUCGUCACCAGUGGGCAGCAGUAAAAGCUCCCAUUACUCUCGUCCAACGACUUUUGGCGGCAGCCUUGGUGGGCAUCAACAAACAAACAUGUCCGAGUCCAACGACUACCUGAAGAUGUCCAUGUCUCCAGCAUCUAAUGUACCUGAAGGAAAUGGAGAUGGCUACAUUCCCAUGAGCCCUGUGGGGUCGAUGAGCCUGAGCAGCUCCCUGGAGAAGACUGCAGUGCCAUCGUCGUCGGUUGACACGGGCUACCUGUCCAUGGAGCCGCAGGGUGCUGUGGCGACCAGUGGCUGCACCACUGUGCGACCAGUGAGCCACGCGAGCUGUUCCUCUCCAACGGUGGUGCACGCCGGCUUCCCCACGACGAUUCUCUCUGUGCCUCCGUCCGAAUACAUGGACAUGGCUCCACUGUCUUCAUCGCUUCCCAAGUCUGUUGGAGAGAGCUGCACUGACUUCAGUGGCAGCUGGUGCUCAGCGCAUAGCCUACAAGACGUGCCAAGUUCUGCCUCUCCACUUUCAGCUAGCUUAGAGGGUUUCCAUUUGGACAAGGUCAAGUCCUACUUUUCUCCUUCAGAAGACGAUUCCGAAGCAUUCAUCAAGCCUGUGCGGGCUUACUCUAUUGGCAGUAGGCAGCAGGUCAAAAAGACCUCCUUCACAGGCCACCUAGACCAAUCGCGCAUCCGCGCGUAUUCGGUGGGAAGCCAGGUGGCGCCGACUGCCAUGCGGCGUCGCAUGAAGAAAGACACCGACACCGAUAUAAACGCCAUGCAGCGGCUAGAGGGUCAGAAGUCGUCCAGCGUGCCCACUCUGCAAGAGGACGCGUCCUCCCAGCAGGCACCACGGGCGCUCAACUACAACGAGGACCUCAUGGAGAUCAACUACGACCGCAGCGACCUCGGUCAGGGUGGCAGCAGCACCCCCGUGGCCGACAAGAGCAGCGCCCUACCUCCCACGAGCACGAAGCAACCCGAAGCACCCGAGGCCAUCCGAAAGUUGAGCACCGCGAGCACUCCAAGCACCACCAAGACAUUUGAUGACUAUAUGGUGAUGACUACUGGCUCAGAGUCUGGUGUUGGCGGUAACAGCUACCAGCAUCCCCUGACCAGCCCCACUGGCUCGGAGCAGCCGGAGAGGAAGGUGAGUGUCCCUUCGAGUGGCAGGCAGCGUAAAGAGGACUUGGGUAAGGAGAACCACCCCGGUGGUCGGAGCAGCAGCUAUACUGGUAUGGUGCGGAGGAGCUCGACAACACAGCAGGCCUUGAGGGAGGACAACGCUGUGCCGGUGUCUAGUCCGCCGCCGUCAAACGGUCCAAACCAGUGCAGAACUGAGAACGAGUAUGUCACCACGGAAAUGACAAAAAAGGGCGUGGCGUUUCUUGGCACGUCGAACGGCACAGUUUCUAAGGGAAAGCCCGGUUCGUCUUACCACAUGGGAGUGCUUCCGAUGACAACCGCAUCGCUGCGUCCUGCCUCGCCUGAAAGCCAGCAGCUGGGAGAGUAUGUGAACCUGGACCUGAGCAAGACCAUGAAGUGGACACAGCCCGUCAAGAUGCCGGUGUCCAGUGGUGGCGACACAACACCCACGGCGUCCAGUGCCAACGGAUCGUCCUCCUGGGGCAGCGUCCCGAAGCUGCCAGCUGAGGGCUCCGCCAGCUUCACCAGAGUGGCGCCGCUCGCUGUCGCGGAAUCGUCGUACGUGCAGCUUCGAGGUCUCGCGGACCCUCCACCGGCCGCCGCGGCACCCCAACAGAUCCCGCCCGAGGCCAACUACGAGAACAUUUCUCUCAAAGGAGGCACCGCCACCGUUGAGGCGCCUGCUGAACGAGUGCUCAAUUACGCGUCGCUGGAUCUUGCGCCACCCAGCGGGGAAGACGGAGCGCCGGGGGCGGUACAGCGCUCGCCACGCGCUCCUGCCGCCACCGGCAUGGACCCAGCCACCGAGGAAGGGCCCACUUUCUCCUACGCCGAAAUAGACUUCACCAAAUCCGAGGGGCUGCGCAAUGUUUCCGGUUACCGUUCGUGAAGGCCACCUUUUGUAGUCAGUCUUAUGCUGUCCGGCUACUUUUCUUUUUUUUUUCUCUCUCUCGUUCUUUCAGUCUCUCUUUUCUUUUUUUCUUCUUUUUCGGACUCACUAGUCAAGUACUGGAGCUUCUAGGUGAUGAUCAGGGCAGCCUGCCAUUUUUGGGUUAGGAGAGACAGAACUCUGUGGUGAUGGCAAGUGGGGACUGGUCCACUUCCUCGGCUGGGAGGUGACUUGUGUGCGUGGCAUGCCUGCCUGCCUGCUCAUAACAAUGCUGCUAUACUGUAAAACAGUGCGUGGUUGACCCUUAUGUUUGUUCAGUGUGUAAUGUAAAUCGAGAAUGUGUGUGUGCGUGUGUGUUGCUCUUGGUCGCUGUAGUGUAGAGAAAUUACUUCCCAUUUUCAUUUUGACCCAAGUAGCUAUAUGCGUGUACAGGAGUGCUUUUUUUUUGUGAAUUAUUCCGGGUAGCAAGCACCAAAUCCACUGCACGCCAUGAUGUGUAUAGGCACGCUGCUCGAAUAUCACGUGACUACAGGCUUUUUUUUUUCUACUGUAUGUAUGUACUGUGUGUAUAUGUGCAUAUCCACCUUAGGUGUCCGAGCUUUAAAAAAAGAAUGUGGGUGUGUUCUAUAUAUAUAUGGGCAUGUACAUUCGUUAUUUUCCUUUGUGAUCUAUACCUGUUGUAUAUGAAGCUGCAUUCAUUGCACGGGUGAGUAAAUCGAGAAGACCAGGCCUUGAGAGGUGGCCAGAGAUGUCAGGCUUGAGCUGUUGUGGUGUGGCCCGUUCGUUUCAAUUUUUUCCUUCCCUUCUUUGUUAAAUUUUCUCGUUUUCCUUUCCGAACACUGAAAUAAUAAACAGCAGCUUUUUGUUAUACAUUUUGUGUAAGCUUGAUGCUUAGGGGAAGUAAAAAAAAAAAAAAAAGAGGCAGAGAUAUUUGAACACCUUACUGGAGCUGAGUGAAGACCGUGACUUUGUAUGUUUGUACCUUGCGUCUUUUCGUUUGGUACCCAUGAUGCCCGGCUUUAUCGCUGAAUAGCGGAAGUGGGAAAAUUGCCGAGAGCGUCAAAAUCAUCACUUUGUAGGUAAACAUGUGGCAUCUGCCGAGUUACCAUAUCCAUAAUUGUUCAGAGUGCUCAUGUUGGUGCGAGAAACGGAAUAAUCCUGGCACCCCAUUUGUCAUUGCAGUGCCUAAUUGACAUUACAUUGCGAGUUAACAAUGUCGAGAAGAGCUUGUCGUUGAGAGAGAAAUUAUAAAGGCCAAUGGUGUUCAGUUUUUGCUCACGUGGAAAGUGCUAACAUUUCAGACAGCUUUGAAGUGCCUGUAACUUUUUGAAGCGGCAUUCCCGUUCCCCAGUCUACGCUGGCAGCCAGUUAAAAUGCUUAACGAGGUAGUUUCGUUUCGUGACACCUGCCUCCUUCACUUGAUUCCACAGAUGUCUUUUGUUUGUACUUGUAAAUGUCUUUUUUUCUUCUCUCACACACCCCUAUUCAUACCCGUGCCCUCGUCUGGAUGAAUCUUGUGGCCACAUCUGACGUAUUCACUUUCAUUGUGGUAGCAUGUACUGCUCUCCCUAUGGAUAUUCUUUUGUUUGUUUCUUUUCGUUGAGUUUAUGCAAGCUUUGAAAUGCAGGAGGGUUUAGUCAAAUGGUCACAAGAGGGCAUCAGGAGGCGACGCCUAUGCCUCGAUGCUUGGGAUGGACGUCGCACGCGACUCUGCAAAUCCCUCCUGGACGCUUGUUACCCUCGGUUCCUUUCGCAUCCCGAGAGGAUUGUCAAGAUCUCCCUGGUGGAGCAGCGUCAUUUUUCUCGUUUUCUUCUUUCCUGUAGGCUGCAUUUGCGUGGGAGCUUUAACGCGAGGAUUGCGUAAACCCAGUUUUGAGGAUUGGGUUCUCACCCACAUUGUUGCUUGCUUUCGCAGGUGUUGUUAAAUCUAUUUCUGGUGCUUACACACAUACACGGACACAUUGAGUAAAAAGUAAAAUAACAGCUGCGGUGCUUCUUUGAAGACGCAACUCUAUUUUGUUGCCUGAACUUUUCAGCGACGGUCAGUCGCGUAAGGUGAAAAAAUAAACCUACCUUGGAGCUAAAAAAAAAAACGGACUUUAAAAGCUACCAAGCUACCUAGCCUGAAAGUUUCAAAGAUGUACAUAGCUGUAAUGUGGGUCGAGUGUCUCCCUUGUGAGUGCACCAGUGACUGACACAUUGUAAAAGGAAAGAGUUUUGAAUGCUUGAGAGUUCUCUGUGAGAGAGUCAUCAGUCGGGAGAUGUUGCUUCAUCUGUCAAGAGUGUAACACGGCCCUUGAAUUGCUGCACCUUCGCCUCGUGCUUCGCCUCGAAUGACUGUGCGUGCGCACAGUCAUUCGAGAAGAGUCUUUCAGCCACUGUGUGUGCCAGCUGCAUUGCUCUCACAGAUUGCUUUGUUGCGGGCGCCUAAGGCUGAUAAGUGUCAUCUUCAUUGAGCACUUCUAUGGCAGUUUACACGCACGUGCCGCAGCAUUGAGAAAUAUUUUGCUUUUAGUUGAGGGUUAUGCACGAGUGCCUGGUAUCAUGGGUUUGCUUGAGACAUUAAAGAAAAGAACGCGCCUGUAGCGUUGGGCUUUUCAUCACGUUUGCCAAAAUGCAGCGCGCAAGAAUUGGCUCACAAGAUGUGGCACAGCCAUUUGAGCUGGUGAAGGAAAUACGCUCUCGAAGAAAGGCAUUGCUCGCGAAGCUCGUGACAGAGUUGGGAAGCCGGGACGUGAUUAAUUGUGACAGUGCUUGCCAGAGACCUUUUUUUAUCGUCUUGAUGUUUGUUUUUUUCUUGCACGCGAAGUUGCUCGCGUGUUUUCCCGGUGUGUGUGUGUCUUUCAAACACGUUUCGGCUUGCCAAACUGCCCAUAGCGUCGCUAGCGCUGCCAUCUUGUCACGACUUGACCCUGGUGCAUGGUUCGACGAGUGUCGAAGGCAGCACCUAGGUGUGUUGCGGAGGUAUUGAGGGAGUUGACCUCUGAAACUAUAUUUAUGUACAAAUGAAUGGCCUUUAGCAUUUACAAUGUGAACAAACCCCCUCCUUCCCCACCCCUUUCAGGCAUCGGUGCAUCGCAGCUUGUGGCACAUCAUAGCCUAUGGUUUGGAGGUGUGUGUGUGUGCGUGCUUGACACCUAUGCGAUUGUUGUCAUUGGACGGGAGCUGCCCCUUUCUGUUGCUCUAGCCAAAUAAAAGCUCUUUGAAUGUGCAGCACA